UACAAGCGGAGCUGGCGGCGGCGUUUGGGCCGUACGGCUGCACGAGAGUCACCGUGUCCCGCACCCGCAACGGCGGCACUCAUGGCUGGGCGCGACUCACGCUGGGCUGUACGGACCCCUCGGAGGCGCUGGCAACUGCCGUACGGGAGCUGGACGGAAAACUGCGUCUCGGCGGCGCUCCUCUCAGCGUGUCGCCCUCCUCCGGCCGCCUGGACACCAUCUUCCCGUACCUACCGUACGUCGUACGAUGCGCCCUGCGUGUGGACAGCACCGCCGCCUUCUCCGCCACCGAUCAGGCCACCGCAGACCAGAUGAGCCGGCUGCUGGCGGCGCUGUCGGAGCGAUUGCUGCUACUGCCCAGGCCGACGGGGACUGGGGGCGGCGAGGAGAAGGAGAACAAGGUAGAGAAGGAGGAGGAGGAGGAGGGAAGGGGAGGCGGAGCAGGGCGGCUGCUGCCGCUGACAGUGACGGACGGCACCGCCUGCUGCGGCGGGAACUCGCUGUCUCUGGCUGCCAGGUUUCAGCGGGUGAAUGCGGUGGAGCUGGAUGCAGACAGGGCGGAGGACCUGAGGCACAACGUGGCGCUAGUACGUGCCUGGGCGACCUUCAGCUGCUCGCAACGCCGGCAGCAGCAACAGCGUCAACCGCGGCAGCCCGACCCGUCUAGCUCUGCACGCUUCCCCGACCCACCAGAAGAUGGCACGGGUGGUCGGGACGCCUCCGCCGGCAGCUG